ACAAGCGGAAACGGAAGCAGAAGUGAGCGCCGGCUUGUUUAGGUGUCUAGUUACGUUAGUUAGUUAAAUUGGUGUGAGGUAAAAACACUUUAAUGCCUCCAAAAUGCCAUCCGAAAGUCUACGAUUUGAGACUUUAGAAGCCCUGAAAAACUCUCCGAAGGGGAAACUCAAAUACAGUCCAGACUGGCUGGAAAAAGGGGAGGAUAUUCUGGCGGGCUGUGUCGAGGUGUCCAGUCUGUCUCGUCUCUCAGGACAGAUUCUGAAGAGACUGAGUCCUCGUCCGCUGCUUAAGACCCGCUCUCUGUCCUCAUGUGUUCGAGAUACGAGUCCCGAGAUUUCACGAGAUCUUGCUUCAGCUCCCAUCAGUCCCAGACAGAUCUCAUCUCCCAUUCACGCUGAGGAGGAUGAGCAGAAAGCGGAAGGAAUACAGGAGGAUUCUGUUGUGAGUCCUGUAGCAAGCUCACCUCCGGCGAUUUCCGUCCUGUCUCCCAGAGCCACACAGAUGGCCGGCUGCAUCCUCAUGUGUGAGCACAAACACAAGGCCAGAGCAAAGGCUGAGCUGAGUCUCAGACAGGAGCAGCAGGAGCGGCUGGUGGCCAGCGUCUCUAUCUGUGAGUCUGAGCAGCUCAAACGUUACGAGGAACUAAUGGAGCUCAAACAGAGACAGGAGUACCAGAGUAUGAGAGACAUGAUGGAGAAAGAGACACAGGAGAGUCUCGGUCGACAGGAGAAGCUGCGAGAGGAACACAGACACAGAAUGAAAAUCUCGAACCUGCGUCUGCGGGAGGCGGAGCAACAGCGUCUGCGGGAGGCGGAGCUUGAGCGUCAGCGGCAGGUGGAGGGCAGAGAGCGGCACAGAGCCAUCAACGCCAUACAGGAGGAGGUGCUACAGCUCAACCAGCUCCUACAGCCACGCCCCUCCACGCAUACAGACCCCGCCCUUGACCACACCCCCUACAUCACCCGCGGGAACCAGCUCUGCUCGCAGGUCUCCGAGGUGGUGCCAUCCUCUGCAGAUGGUCAGUUUCCCAGCGUGGAGGAUUUGACCGUGGCGGAGCGAGCGCUACAGGAAAUGAGGUCACUAGUCAGAAACCUACAGGGCGAGGUGGCACAGGCUGCCAAGAGGAAGGAGCAGGAGGAAGAGGAGGAGAAGAAGAAGAGACACGAGGAGCUGAAAGCAAAGCAAGAGGAGCAAAAGAAAACUGCAGCGCUGUCCGCCAAAGAGAAACCCAAGAAAGAGGGUCUUCAGACAGGAGCAGAUGAGAGCACUUUGAAGUGGUACAGCGUGCUGCAGGAAGCGGCCAGUCAGUGCGCUCAGGCGUUUGAUGAGAUCAGCAGAGCUAAAGACACGCAGACGAAGAAAUUAAAAAUGGAGCUGCAGAAGGCAGCAACCACACCUGUGAGCCAGAUCGCAAACAUCUCAGGUGCGCCGCUGAAGGAGGCCUUUGAGAAGAUUGAUAAACUGUUGUCCAACUGUCCGGUGACGUCCGCUGGAAAGACCAUCUCUACGUCCCAGCAUCCUCAGGGGCUGGAGUUUGUCAGUUAUAAACUGGCAGAAAAGUUUGUGAAACAAGGAGAAGAGGAGGUGGCGUCCAAUCAUUCGGCUGCGUUCCCCAUCGCCGCUGUGGCCUCAGGCAUCUGGGAACUGCAUCCUAAAAUUGGAGAGCUUAUACUCGCCCACCUCCACAAGAAGUGCCCAUACGCUGUGCCACACUAUCCACCGAUGGAGCGAGGCACGUCUGUGGAGGAUUACCAGAAGAUUCUGGGAUACCGUGUAGAUGACUCCAAAGUGGAAGGGCAGGACAGCUUUCUGAAGAGAAUGUCAGGAAUGAUUCGUCUCUAUGCAGCAAUAAUCCAGAUGAGAUGGCCUUAUACCGGCAAACAAGGGCCUCAUCCUCACGGUUUGAAUCACGGCUGGCGCUGGCUCGCACAAAUCCUCAACAUGGAGCCACUCGCUGACAUCACAGCUACUAUUCUUUUCGACUUCCUGGAGGUCUGUGGAAAUGCCUUGAUGAAACUAUAUCGAGGGCAGUUCUGGAAACUGAUAUUGCUUAUUUAUGAAGAAUACUUCCCUAGGAUCGAAGCGGUCACCAGCACCGGUCAGAUGGGCUCUGUCACCAGACUUAAACAGUUUCUCGAGACAUCUUUAAGAACAAAGCAGAUUCCUGUUCCAAAGAGCGAGCUUGGCUCCGCCUUCUUCAGCUCCUGAUUGGUGGAAAUACACCUGACAAAUGUGUCAAUCCUAGACUGAGAUGAAGUAGAAAAAGCCAAUACUGUUUAAAGAACGCAUGAGUGUUGAUGUAUUUUUUCUCAUAUAUAGGCUUUAUUUAAUAGAGCAUCAUGCCAUCUUCAUUUAAGCAUGUAAGAACUCCUUUAAUUUGUUUUUAAUACAUGUUGGUGUCUUAAUCUAUCCAUCCGAUCUCGAAUUUAUGAAAAUUAUUCACAUUUUAGACAAAUGAUUGUUAACAGGUAUUAGUUUACCCCAAAUAUAAGCCUUAUUUUCAAUAUGAUGAUGGAGUGUGAUCUCAUGUGCGUACAUUAGGAUGAAAUGUACUGUAUGUUGAUGCAGAUAUUUAUGACUUUAUAUUACAUAAGGAUUAAAUUGAGUACACCAAGUGUA